UUUUUAAUGUUCUUUUCAAACUUUGGAUCCAUCCUUCGAUCUCUUGGGUGCUGACUUCACUGUAGAUUUCGUCACUUGUUUUUGGAUACAGGCUCCAACGCCGACUUCCCUUUCAGCCUUGUGCACUGCUCGGCAAAACCUGGGAGCCAGGAAUUGUCCCCUGUUUCUUUCUGGGGGCCCGCUUCUCUGCCAAUGAGCCCUUAGAUCGCCUUGGGAGCUUGGUUUUGUUGGGGUUCGUGAAAAUGGGUCAGCUUGGCCGCUCUGUUCUCUCCUGCCUGCUGGCUUGGUGGAUGGGCGUCAGCAGUGCCCAGGAAGCUGUGUACUUUAAAGAGAGCCCUUCGAACCUGACGUCCUCUUUGGGCAAAGACGUGAUGCUCUCCUGUUCCGUCCACGCCCUUGGCGAGCCGCCUGAGAUCAGCUGGUUGCGGGAUGGUGCCGCCCUGGAGUUUGCCGACAGUAACCAGGUGCAGGUGCCCUUGGACGAUGAACAGUGGAUGACCACCAGCACACUGAGCAUCCCUUCGGUACAGCUCUCGGACAUGGGGAACUACCAGUGUGCAGCUUUGGUGAAUGGAUCUGAAAUCUUCUCUGAUGAAGCCUACCUGCAACUGGAAGGUCUUCCCUUUUUCACGGAGGAGCCCCAGGAUCGAGAGGUCACAGCCAAUACCCCUUUCAACCUGAGCUGCUGGGCUCAUGGGCCACCGGAACCAGUGCUGGUGAUCUGGCUACAAGACAGCAUCCCCCUGAAUUCCUUGGCUGAGCCACUGGCCCGGACCCCUUCCGUGUUGGUUGUGAGAGGUCUGAACCACAGCGCCUCGUUCUCAUGUGAAGCCCACAAUGCUAAAGGUGUGAGCACAUCUCGAACUGCAGCUGUGACAGUGGUACCUGGACGGCCACGGGCCUUGUUCCUUGUGCAUCACACUGACCGCAGCCUGGAGGUGGCGUGGGAGCCAGGGCCCAGCGGGGCCUAUGCUCUGGAGCUCUGCACCAUCCAGGCCGUGCGCUCCGAUGAGGACCUCAGCACUGUGUCCGACGGGGAACUCUAUAACCAGAAUCUCCGCGUCCCCCCCUUCAGCCACACCCUGGCUGGCUUGAGCCCCUUCACCACCUACCACGUGCGCGUGGCCUGUCGUUCCAGGGAGGGCAACUCGCCGUGGACCCACUGGGUGGCCAUGGAAACUCUCGAAGGAGUGCCUACAGCCGCACCAGAGAACAUUCUGGCCGUUCAAAAUGGCAGCUGCACCGUCAUACAGUGGGGGAAGCCGCAAGGUGGCCUCAAUGGGAUCUUGCGUGGAUACAAGCUGGUCUGUCAGAGCGACGACUUGCCUGAGGUUGUUGUGGACGUGGGAUUGACCAACGAGACAGUCUUGAUGCUGAACUCAACUGUGCACAACCUGACCGUGCGGGUCGCAGCCUACACGCGUGUAGGCGAUGGACCCUGGAGCGAGGCCAUCAUGAUUUCCUCUUUACGUUCGGGUGAAAAUCUACCAGAGCCCCAGCCAGUAGGACUCUCCACCCCCGCCUUCUCCUGGCACUGGUGGUACAUGGUGAUUGCCGCAGCCACCGCCUUCGCUGCGGCUGCCUUCAUCACCAUCUUCUUGGCACGGAAGAGGAGGAAGGAAACCCGUUACGGGGAAGCCUUUGAACCCAGCAUGGAGCAGGGUGAGCUGGUGGUCCACUACCGCGUCCGCAAAUCUUACAGCCGACGUACCACUGAAGCCACUUUGAACGGUCUGGGCAUUAGCGAGGAGCUGAAAGAGAAACUGCGAGAUGUCAUGAUUGAUCGCCACAAGGUGGCACUCGGGAAAACACUCGGAGAAGGAGAAUUUGGCUCAGUCAUGGAGGGACAACUCAGCCAAGAUGGUGCGGUUCUUAAGGUUGCUGUUAAAACCAUGAAGAUCGCCAUCUGCACCCGCAGCGAGAUGGAGGAUUUCCUCAGCGAGGCCGUCUGCAUGAAGGACUUCGACCACCCCAACGUCAUGAAGCUGAUCGGAGUCUGUCUCCAGAACACAGAGAGUGAAGGGUACCCCUCCCCGGUCGUAAUCCUGCCGUUCAUGAAACACGGCGACCUGCACAGCUUCUUGCUGUACUCCAGGCUGGGAGAGAGCCCGCUGUACCUACCCACGCAGACGUUGGUCAAGUUCAUGACAGACAUUGCUAGCGGGAUGGAGUAUCUCAGUAGCAAGAACUUCAUACACCGGGACCUCGCUGCCCGCAACUGCAUGCUGAAUGAGAGCAUGACAGCCUGCGUGGCUGAUUUUGGUCUUUCUAAGAAGAUCUACAAUGGCGAUUAUUACCGGCAAGGCCGAAUCUCCAAGAUGCCAGUCAAGUGGAUCGCCAUUGAGAGCUUGGCGGACCGCGUUUACACCAUCAAGAGUGACGUGUGGUCCUUCGGCGUUACCAUGUGGGAGAUCGCAACGCGAGGCCAGACGCCAUACCCAGGAGUGGAAAACAGUGAGAUUUACGAUUACUUGCGCCAAGGCAACCGCCUCAAACAGCCAAUCGACUGCUUGGAUGGCCUGUAUGAGCUGAUGUUGAGCUGCUGGGCCCUCAACCCGCGCGACCGUCCCAGCUUUGACAUCCUGCACCAGGAGCUGGAGAAGAUCCUCAAGUCCCUCCCGCUGGCCAAGGACCCGGAAGAGAUCCUCUACGUUAACAUGGAUGACGGGGUGGCCCCCAGGGAGGCAGAGCUGGGCGCCGUGGGGGGCCUGGGUCCCGAGGAAGAGCUGCCGGCCAAGGAAAGCCAGUCGCUCAAGGCCGUGGUGACGGCAGCCGAGGUCCAUCAGCCCCAGGCGAUGGGCCGCUACGUCAUGUGUCCCACCCCUCUGGAGAGCAGCCGGCUCCUGACUGAGUCCCCCAGCUGUGCUGCCACUGAAGAAGGGGCCUGAACGGGACAUCCCAGUAGCUGGGAUGGGGUGGGGGAAGGUUGCAAGCAAUCCUACAGGUACAGUUCCACUCAGGGGUUGGGAGGACCCAUCUCUGACGGGAGGGGGUCCAGUGGGUACUCACAAACCGAGACCCACCAACCCACCCACCCUUUUCUAUGAUGAACCACUGCCCCGACCUCUCUUUCCCUCUACAGUCUGCCUUUCCCUACUCAGCCCCUCCUUGUUUUAGAGGGGAUUUGAACCAAUCAGUCCCUGAGUGUGUCUCACGCCCAUCGUCCCCUUCUGCCUCCUGCCCCGACACUCGGUACAUGUACUGGCACGCUCAUCCCCGCGUCGCCAGCAUAAGGCUGGGAUGUACUGCUCUAGACU